UCCCUUACCUUUAUGAGUGUGUUGGUUUGUGAUAAUGAUAUUGGCAAUCUAUGUUGGUCUUAUCAAUGUUGGCAAUAAUGUCAAUAAUCUAUGAUAUGUGUUAGCGUAUGGUGUGUGAAAGAGGGUAUGAAAAAGAUGAGGUUCGCUAAUUAUAAGUUAACAGAUUUAAGCAAAAUAUGUUUCUAUGAUGGGCUGCGUGUACACCAUCUACGUCAAGUUUAACUACUCCUGAACAAACUGCAUAACUGCUGAGGAUUUAUUAAUGUUAUGUUUGUGAUUAGCUUUGUUCUAUGGAAUGGAUCGCUCUUACAACUAAGAAAUAUACAUUUAAUAUGUCCAAAGAAUAGUAAGUGUCGAACUUACGGAACACAGGAAACAGCUGGGCUAUCGAACGCCAGAUAAAUUGUCUUGUGUUAUUCAGGGUCUUCGCGAAUUUUCAUGUCAGGAUUUGGUUCCAGGUUAACGUAUUCAAAAUUUGGUUUUGUGUUUAAACUGUGUGGACUUUUUCGCACGAUGUGUGAUGCACCGCCUCCAGUAAGUAAGGAAGGAGACAGCAAGAAAAGACCAUUACAAGAAGAUUCUGAUAACACAGAUUUAAAGAAACAGUGUGUAGAACCAGAUAGGGUGAAAAGAAGAAAAGUUGCAUUGCUGUUCGGCUAUUCAGGACAAGGAUAUUUAGGAAUGCAGAGAAACCCUGGCAUGAAGACAAUAGAAGAAGAUCUGUUGACUGCCUUACUAAAAGCAAAUUUUAUUAAUGAGGAGGCUUUCAGUACACCUCAAUUGAUUCAGUUUCAACGAGCAGCUCGCACUGACAAAGGUGUGUCUGCUGUACGCCAAGUAGUCUCUCUCAAGUUGCCAGAAGAUGUGAAGGUGGAAACAAUCAAUAGCCACUUACCAGCGCAGAUUCGCAUAUUGGAAAUUAAACGUACAACUAAAGGAUUCAACAGCAAGAGUUCAUGUGAUGCUCGAACAUACUCAUACAUGUUGCCAACAUUUGCAUUUGCACCAUCAGGUGUGGAACCCAGUGAAUCUUACCGUAUCACAUCAGAAGUGAUGGACAACGUUAGGUCUACACUCAGAGGUUUCGAGGGGACUCACAAUUUUCACAAUUUUACUUCACGAAAGAAACCACUGGAUCCAAGUGCCAUCCGUUAUAUCAUUAACUUUGAAUUGGGAGAACCUUUCAUUAGUAAAGGUCUUGAGUUUGCUGUGUUGAAGGUCAAGGGACAAAGUUUUAUGUUGCAUCAGAUCCGGAAAAUGGUUGGUAUGACUAUUGCAGUGGCUAGAGGGCUUGCUACCAUUGAUACUUUGCACAAAGCAUGGAAGACAGAGCGGCUAGAUCUCCCUGUAGCUCCAGGCCUCGGAUUAGUUCUUGAGGAGGUACAUUAUGGCAGAUAUAAUCAGCGUUUUGGAAAAGAUGGAAUUCAUGAACCACUUGAUUGGUCUGAAACUGAGGCUGAAGCAGUAGCAUUCAAAGAGAAUUUUAUUUACCCGACAAUAAUUCAAUCUGAAAUUGAAGACAAGUCAAUGAUGUCUUGGCUCGAGACACUUCACUUACAUAGCUACUGUAUCCGUGAAGAUAAUUUAUCUCAUGGGUUGGAAACACUGGGAGAGGCUGUAGAUAUGAUACAGGGAAUAGAUGAUGGUGACAGACUGGCUACUUUAGCGAGAGUAGCACAGGUGGUGCAGGAGGGUCAGAAUGUCAUGUGUAAUGGCAAUUCCAACCAGUAUCCUUCUGAAGGUGUGUCAUCACCUUAGGUGAAUAUUGUGUACUACUUUGUAAAAGGACUGUAGUAUCUGAUUUAAUUUUAUACAAUAAAGAACAAUUUGUUACAAUUCUAA